UUACGGCGUAGCUUCUUUUGAAAGUGCUGCGAGGGGUAACCGCGAUAUAUUCGCUUGCAGUCAGAUCUGUCCAGAAUGUAAAAAAGUCUGGGAUACUUCACGGUAAAAAAAUUCGCGACAACGUGGUUUGAAACAAGCGGCUUAAAGGUAGUCACUAGAUUAUCCAAAAGCGUGUACCCGUCCGUGACAGCGAGGGUUUGAGAGUAGAUACUAACCAACCAGCAGGAGCGACACUGGUGUUACGGAAAUUACUUUUCCAAGUGAUAUUGUUUUGCUUAGCUUAGUGCUUUGUUAACUACUGCUGCGUCCGGUUUUGUCGGAACAGAUAAGAGGCACGUCUUUCCCCAUGGGAAGUAGACUAUUGUUUUUGCUGGAGUUUGCCGUCCAUACGCUGCUGCUGCCUUAUUUUGCUGUUUCCAUUUUGGAUAAAUAAUUGACACGUUGGCACUUAUGUUUUCUUAAUGCCGCUGGAUUACCAGAUUUCUCCAGAGGUUGUUGGAUUGAUUUUUCGGGAGCAACUGGCCAUGCAUGUUGGCGAAGAGCAGGCCCCCCAAGCAACCAGCGGGGUGCCCGAGGACGACAUGAAGGAGGGGGAUCUGGGGGAUGGGCUGGGGAGGAAGCCGGGGGGUCUGUACGACAGGAGGCGGGGCAGAGGGGUGGCCCCGGUGGUCCUGCCGCACACGGGGCAGCCACACGCGGGGUCACCGAAGAAGGCCGGAGGGAACGGGAGUGUGGCCUUCUCAUGGAAGUCCUGCAGAGCCCUGUACACCACGUUCCACCGCGAGCUGGAGGCGGAGCGACCUCGCACUUCCUGGAGGUUGGGUAGUACAGAAUCCCUCAGUGAUCUCUCCUGUGAAGAGCUCAGGCAGAGACUACAGGAGGUCUCAGAGGAGGUAGAGCUUCUGCAAUGUGAGCUGGAGGCCACCCAGCGCCACCUAGAGGGCAAGCAUGAAGCGCUGAAGAUCCUGCAGAGCCGAGCCAUGUUUGACAAAGCAACCACUCACACCAAAACACUGCUCCAGAAGAGCGAGGAGAGGAACAAGGCAUUGGAGAAGGAAGUGAACGCUCUGCAGUGGGAAAUCACCUUCAACCAGGUCCAGUUCAAGAACCUUGAGCGUUCCUGGAAGGAGAAGUACGAGAGGAUGUGCAAUGAGAACAAGGCUCUGAGUGACUCAGCGGAGGACAGACUGCGAGAAGUGCAGGAGCUGAAGUCGGAAAACGCCUCUCUUAGUCAGCGGUGUCUGGAGCUGGUUUCCAUGCUCAGUGUUCAGGAGAAGAAGGCCUUUCAGGAAUCACUGCCCCCCAGUUUCAACCUGGCCAGGGACGGUACUGCACCGGAGCUGGCUGUGUUGGGGGCGUGCCACUGCAGUGCAGGUGUGAGAGCCCAGUCUCCCUGUCCCUGUGCCAGGACGGCAGCAGCCAGCCGCAAACAGGUCCUGCAGCUCAAACAGGAGCUGGAGGUGCAGAUGAGGAGGAAAGAGGAGGCUCUCACAAUGGCGGAUGCGUUCCGCAUCGCCUUCGAGCAGCAGCUAAAGAGGAAGAACGACCACAUCAUGAGACUGGCCGAGGCGGAGGGGCACCUGUGGAAGGACACUUCCCCCACCAGGAGGGAAGAAGCAGCAGUGAAAGGGGGCUCGGUCAGUGUGGCUCAGAAACUGAAAGGCAUGCUACAGAACUGUGCCGAAGUCAAGAUGUCUGACGACCCGGCUGAGGUGCUACGUAACCUGCUCGAUCUGCUGAAUGACAAGGAGGAGGCCCUGGCGCACCAGAGAAAGGUGAGCUACAUGCUGGCCCGCCACUCGGAGGACCUGGAGCGCCGUCUGCUCCAGCUCAGGGGGCGGGACUGUGAGACGAGUUGCCAGGGGACGGUGAAGGAAGGCGGGGACAGUGGGGGUUCAGACAGCCCCGCCCCAAAACCCUCAGUGACCCAAGAGAACCCCUCUACAGACUUGGACAGCCCCGCCCUAAAACCCACUGAGACUCAAGGGAGUCCCUCUACAGACUUGGACGGCCCUGCCCCAAAACCCUUCGAGACUCAAGAGAACCCCUCUACAGACUUGGAUGGCCCUGCCCUAAAACCCUCAAAGACACAAGGAGGUGCCGAGGAGGACUCGAACACUGGGGUGCAGCGUCCGGCAAAGGGAAAGCCGUCCCAGGAGACUCCGCCCACUGCUAUGAGCAGGAGAGAAAGCCGAGGGAGCGGUGGUGCGCUCAAGGAUCGGGAGGGCCAGAAAGCAGAAGAGGAAGAACAGAGGAGUGAACCGGGCUGAAAGCGGGUCUUUCUUCCUCUGCGAGUGAGGGGAGCACAAUCUGCCUCCCUCCGAGCUCUGAGCACACAGCGCAGUGUAUGUUGUCGUGGCUUGUACCUCACGGCAGACAUCUACAGUGGGAGGAGUC